AUGAAGAUGAAAUAAUUUCUUGAGUGUGAAUAUGCACUAUCAAAUCGCAUCAAAUGUGCAACUUGUCAUGUUGUCAUAUUUAAGAAUGAAUUAAAGAUUGGACAUAUAUUCUUAAGAAAAGAUGAAGGUAUAAAUUCAAUUUCAAUUAUAAUUAGGUCAAUAAUUUGAUAAGAAGGUUUGGUAUCAUCUUCAUUGUAUUAAAAAAUGGCCAACUGGAGAAAGGGGUUAAGAAUUACCUCUCUUUAGAUUGCAAACACUUAAAGCAGAAGAUCAAUAGAAAAUUAAAGAAUUAUACAGGUCCUUAUAAGAUAAACCAAAAAGUAAUUUUCAUUUACUAAUUAAAAGAUAAAAAGGAAAUCAAAAUCUUAUCUAAGUAAGAAUAAUAUGAAAAGUAUGUGACUGUAAAGAAUUUAAAUGAUCCAGGUUAAAUUGAAGAAGAUGAUGAUUGUAUAAUGCUUUGA